AGAGCAACAUAAAGUGGGGRAAAAGGCCUUUUAAAUGAGUAUUCCUGGGGAUUUUAGUGGGAAUAUGAGGGUGGGGUGUUCCCCCCCACACCCCUUUCCUUAGCAAAGUAUUAAUAAGAAUGGCAAAGUGGUGAAAGUAGUACCUGGAGGAAUUCAAAUACAAUAAACCUCUAGCAGAAUUAUUAGAUGUGUAAAAGAAGCAACCAUUAACUUGAAUUCUUAAUGCAGUUUGUAAAUGGAAGAACAAGUGACCCUGUGGUGGAUGAACAGAGCUCUUCUGGCUGCCUGAAUCGUUUGCGAGYACUUUCUUUGUUCAGCAUACAAAUAACUAACCUUCUGCCAUGUCCCUCAUGGGAGCACCGGUGUCUGCAUCAAAAGCAGAUGGAAGGAAACCGAGAGGUGCCUUAUGUGCUGUUCCUGGCAGCAAGGACUCCACAGUGUUUCCUGAGCCAAGGACUGCAUCGAGGAUGCUCGACCGUAUGAGGCCUGUCUCCCCACUGGAGCUUAGUUUUGUCCCAGAAGAGAUUUUCCGAGCACUGACUUCUGCUGCUGCGUCUCUCCCCAGCCCAGAGCACCUGCAAGGGGCCAAAAAUGCAACAGGCCUCAAGGGCUGCCUGCAGCCCCCCGAUGGGCUCUGGCACUACCCGAAUCGCCGUGGCAAGUUCAGGCACCUUACAGACCACCCCGUCAGCCUGACAGGAGCUGGGAGGGAUGUCUCUUACUUGUGUGACGUUGUGGCUGUCCAAGAGGACGCAAAACCAGGGGCUCCCAGGAGCUCCCUUCCUGAGAGCGGUCGAGAGCAAAGGAGAAGYGAGGCUGUCUCAGGACUUACUCAAGCAAGCCUACAGGAGUCCCUGAUUCCAGAGGAGUUUCACAUUGUGAAGAACAGGGGAGUUUUGCCCUUGAAAUAUUUCGAUGAUAAAUACACCACUCUGCUCGAAGACCGUGAAAAGACACUACGACUAUUCCCAUCCCUGAAACCUUCCGGGAGGUUAGAAGUUGUCCAGCUGAUGGAAGCCAUGGACAGCAUGUUGGAAAAAGCUGGAGUGGACAACAAGUUAAUUGGAAUAUCAGGACCUUCACAGCUGCACAAUGUGCUGGAGCUGAUGAAGGCAGAGCAGAACAUUUACAACAUAGUUUUCCAUGAGCUGAUUCGGCAGGUCAGCGUGGACUGCGUGGAGAGAGGACAGCUGCUCUCCAAGCUCAGGCAGAGGUAUGUGAGUCUCCUGGAGCGGAUUCCUCAUCACAUGAAGACUCUCUACAGAGAAAUGAUGGCUCAGCGCUUGCUUGACAGACAUAUUACAGAGGAGUUGUUCUAUUUCAAGGAGUCUGUUGCACAGCUGACCAGAGAGUUGUAUGAGUUACGAGAGCAUGACCGCAGGGUGACCAGAGAAGCAGAACAAGCUCAACAGGAGCUCACUGAAGCUGUGCGGGAGGCUGAGAUGAACGCAAACCUUGUGGAAGAGUAUAGGGAGUUAUAUGAGUUACAGAGAACCAGACUGGAAGAGCAGAUUCUCUUGCUAAGCCAAGAGAGAGACAUUUGGAGCUCAGCUGCCUAUGACCUGGCACUGAAGGUGAUAGACAGAAACCAGCUCAUACUGGCUCGCAAGCUCUACGUCAGUGAAAAAACGCUGUUCAAAGUCCUCAAGCAUUUCAUAGUCCUCUUGGCAUCACAGGACGCAAGAGACCUUGCUGAUCUGCAGGAGGAGACAGAGCAGUUCAGGCUAAUGCUGGGCUGCAUCGGAGCAGAAAUAGACUCCUGUGAGGAAUCUGUCAAGGAAAAACUGCRUGUCACCCGCCAAGGCCUUGCUAGGUGGCUUCAGUACUUCCAGGAAGAUAUUMUUUCCUCUCCAGUGAAGGUAGAGCUAUUGGAUGAAAUGCUGCAAGAUAUCAGGAACUUAGAAAAUCUCUUAAACAAAAGCCUGCAGGAGUACGAAGGGGAGGCGUACCUAACAAAAAUGGAAAGCCUGCAGAACGUUUCCRGUCUGCAGGAACGCUGGACAGAGCGAGGACACAAGGUGCUGAAUCGCCACCGGGACUUCAGCGGAGCGUUGCCUCCAGAGCAUGCUGCCAUGGAAGAAAUAAACCACAAAGCACACGCGCUCUGCCAACAAUAUCAAAUAAGGAUAAGUGGGGAUAACGGCACAGCUAAAUUUUUGACAGGCUUGGUGAGAAGCAUGGAAGAUUGGUUGGACAGGGCACAGAAGCUGAGGCAAGGUCAAGGCAUGCGUGAAUCAGACCUGCAGACCUUCCGUCACCUGCUUCCCAUGUGGCUGGCCCAAGUGGACACAGCCACGAGCUUUGUGGGUUCCAUCCGGGCGCAUGAGGAUGAGCGUGACAAGAAAUUGUGUCUCCCAGUGGUCCCCAUAGAAAUGUUUAAGAUGAUUCAGCAAUGGAUUCUGUCCAUGAAUAAUGAGAUUGAGAAGAACAUCACGCAUCUUAACCGAGAAGUGACUGAACUGCACAGAAGCCUGACGCUGUGGCUGGCAAAUUUGCUGAGGUACAUGGUCCCAGACCGUCUGUGCCGUGAGUGUCCCCCGCGACAGGAUGCCGAGAAGGAAAAGGAGCUCAGAUUUCUGAGCGCUUGUAAGCUGGAACAAGAAGCCGAAGGGCUGGUAGCCAAGAUCAGCAGACUCUCCAGUUAUAUAAUCAGCUGCUGCCAGGAGAUUGUCAGCACCAUCCUUUGGAAGAAGCAGUCAGAGGAUUCAGAAGAUGAUUUGGAGCUGCAGGAGCUGAAUAAGAUCAAGAUUGAGUGUUGUAACUGGAUUCAAGCGUGUCAUCUCAUCCUUUCAGAGAUCAAAGGCACUCCAGUCUCCUUUAUGAGUUUAGAAGAAAUGCAGAAACUCUUCAGGUCAGAGGUGUUACAACUGAACCUUAAGGAAAUUGUCAUUUCUCCACCUCAGGAAGGGCUUGAAUCUGAGGAUGUCAGCACUGAUGAGAAACCCAUAAUGGAGGAAGAAAUACUAGAACAGCCAGGGGUUGGCACUGAUUUCCUGACUGAAGGCGAUGAAACAACUGAGGACAUGAUCAGAUGUGUAGGACAUGACUUGAACAUCCACCUGAAGUCUCUAAAGUCAGACAUCGUUUCAGUCACAGGGGGGGAGAUGACUGCCACCAAGUCRUCCACCUGCUUUUCUCAGAAAGAGUUUGAAACCCUGGCAAUGGUGGAACUUCUGCAAGCACGAAUCUUAGAAACAGAAAUCCGUGCUCAAAGAGCAGAGGAGAAAUCAGAAGGCCUUGAAGAGAAGCUGGAAGAAGCUCUGGAGAGAAUCGAGGAACUGGAGAAAAAGCAGGGGAACGAGCCCAAAUCUGCCCCGGAAGUUGCAUCUAACCAAGAAGAAGAAAAGGCUUCUCCAGAAAAAGUGCCAGAGGCUGUGACCCACUCACCUUCGCCACCCAAAGCUGCUACCUCUGGUCGCCCCAAGAAACCCCGCAAAACCAAACAUUGA